CGGCGUACGCGUCACAUCCGCCCUUGCUGUGGACGAUGGUCGUCCGGGGGCAAAAUACGACACAGAGUACCUUGCGUAUGUAUCCGCGCCCUCUUGUCGCUUCUUCCACAGUACGGCAUCGCCGCCUUCGCCUCGAUACACCAAGAUGUCUGGUCGCGGUACUCUGGAGGCUUAGGCGCGUCGGCGUGGACGCUCACUGCCACAGGCUUCGACCUCGACGCGCUCGGAAAGACUGGCGCGGCGUGGCUGGAGGGCAGGAAGAGCGGAGGACAUGUUGAGAGGAAAGAGGCAUCUGGCCUUGCGAAUACCAAAAGCUCGCCGCGGCGACAAUGGCGCCGGAUACGCGUUUGCGCCGAAGCUGCGGGCGACGAAUGCCCACGGUACAGAGGUUUCAGUCCAACAGCUCUUGCAGGCCUCGUUCCCGGGCUCUUGGAAAAUGCUUGCCAAGGCCGUUGGAGACUUUGAUGACCGUGAACGAACCACAGACCGCAACAAGAACGAGGGCAUCGUCCCCCGGAAGGAUUACUUCAAGAAGCACCCGACGACGAACGAGAAGGUAUGGCACGCUGGCUGCGCUAAGUCAAAUACUCAUCAGCCAUUUCGAAUGAGGAACAGUUUUGCCCAGCUUCGCGAAAAUCGGAGCAUCGACCGAGAAACGUGGUAUAUGCACCGCGCUGGCCAGCAGGGAGCGCGGGAUAAGUAUGCGCUGCACACACGAAAUAUCACUGAAGAAGUCUACCGCUCGUUGGGCGAGAAGCUGGUGGUCAUCGGAGAAUGCGGCGUACCUAUGGACAUGAACGGUGAGGAAGCGUUCAAGUCAGAGGGUUUCACUUGGCAGCUGCGCAUGUUCGACGCGAUGAUGGGAUUCACAAUCUGGAAUUACAACCCGAAUAGCGACGAUCGGAAGGGUGACGAUUGGAACGGCGGGAACUUUACCUGGUUCAGCCAGCGGCGCGCUCUCCCAUCCUCCCUUCUCGACUGUGACCGGAGCUCGCCGACCCUCGACAAUGGUGCGCGGAUCCUGCGCAGCGUCGUGCGCCCGUACCUGGCGAAGACUGCCGGCAUACCUCUGCGGUUCGACUACGAGGUCAACACGGGAGAAUUCACCUUCAAGUGAGCAGCCCCUACGCCGUCCGACGCUCCAGCCGAGCAGCCUGCGGAGCGCCCGUCGGUGCACCACCUGCCUCUCGCAGCCCUUCCACCGCUGACGUUGCACGUGACAGAUAUCCAUGCCGGCGUUGCUCGCGCACGGCGGCGCGGUCGUCGUGCGAGGCCUCGCGGCGGGCGGGAGUCACAAGUACGACGAGGCGCGCCAAAUGCUGUAAGUCUGCGCGCCGGCCGACGCUGCGCCCGGCACCGUGCAUCACAUCCGCGUCGCGCUCGCGCCGCGCCUCAAAGUCGUAUCCCUCGCCAACGACUUCUGGAGCGACUGGGGGAGCGCCCUGUGGGCGUGGCUGCUGAUGUGGAUCUCGCAAAGCCUGUAGGACAGGUAUCGGGUUUAGUCUUGCUGGAUUUGUGUAGGCGGUCCGGGUGAUGGAUGCUGAUUCAUUCUAUUUGGAAUUUGGGUGAUGAUCUGGGCCUUGUUGCUAAUAGUGACUAAGAACUCAACGCUCACGCGGGGAGCAGGUUCUGUGGCGCUUUUGAGCUGUACAUUUUGCGGCGCCCCCAGUCACGUGGAAUAUUAGUGGCGUUCGGUGUGCUACGCCCACUCUUUGCUCUUGCCCAGCGCGAGCUGCAACGAAUCCAAAUUCUCAGAAGUUGAGCGACGGACAGCGCUGCGUAAUGGUCGCUGGGCAAGGUGCGUAUUCUGUUG